GUGAUGGAGACAAGAAAGAGGGUGCUCGGGGAGGAUCAUCCAGACACGCUGACCAGUAUGUCAAAUCUUGCGUCGACGUGGAAAUCCCAAGGUUGUGCAAAGCAGGCUAUAGGUUUGAUGUCUGAGUGUGUACUAAUCCGGCAACGGAAACUUGGAGCGAAUCGCCCUUACACGACACCCUCACUU